AUGAUGCGCAAACCCGAGAACGAGGUGCCGACAGGAUAUGGGGGUGGAAUUGGGGAGGGUCGGGCGGAUCGCAUCAAGUGGAAGGAGGAGGAGGUUAGGGGGGGCGGAGCACAGCCACUCUUUCUCCAAAGAGGCAUCUCCAACUUGGCUGCCAGCGCCAAUUCCGCAUGUCGGGAACCGUUGGUGAUCAUGGAGGAGGAGGCCUCCAUACAUCGAGAGACUGGCGCCUUUGAUCGGCUGCCUCCCAAUGUAAUUGAACGCAUUCUUUAUGCCGCCGAUGCCAACGUCUUUGCAUCGCUGGCUCUACUAAAUCGACAAUGGAGGAAAGUAUCAGAGUCUCCGGCUCUGUAUGCUUACCAUUUAUCGCAAUGUCCGUCUUUCACAUGGACGAGAGGGGCAACCCCCGCGCCGAGCGAGACCGACAGUCUGCAAGACCUCAAACACCAAUUCUUAGAGGAAAUAAGGCGCAAUGCCUUUGAUGUUUUUCUGCGGCCUUGUCGCACUCUGGUUCGAUUAAUAUCAAGUUCGAUGAGCUCAUCCACCGCGUUUCCCCAAGGCGAGGUGUUCCGUUUCUCGUUCUCGGCAUAUGGUCACAUGGUUCUCUGUAUCAGCUCGUCUCGAAUUGUUGUGCUAGAUGUGGCCUCCGAACCAGUUGCUGUAAAAUACGAAUUACAGACUCGCCGGCGGCCUUUGGGGGCGACAAUUCAGGACGAUGGCUCCCUUCUCGCCGUUCUGUCCUCGACGCACAGGGUCCAGAUUUACCAACUGUCGAACAAUGAGGUCAAGCAUUUCCAAACGAUUACCCUGAAUGAUGCCCCCAGGGAUUUGAUUUUCUCGCCUAUGGGGAGUGUCCUAGCGUUAUCAUUUGAGGACUGCAUUGAGGUCUAUGCUGUUGGGGAAGAGGUUAUGUCGACAGAACGCCGUGCUGCGCGUUGUCCCCGUGUUGAUGCACUAUCUUUCUCCAGAGAUGGUACCAUGUUGCUUGGAUCGCCCGUUGACAAUGAUCAAGGUGGCAUUGUCACCAUAACAGCUCCCUUCUACACGGACAUUGGCAUCGAUGUAUCGCCACAGGAGCUUCAAAUGCGCAUGUGGACAACACAAAUUCUGUUCCCGGAAACCACACCCGAAUUUACUCACGCCUGCCUCAUAAAUGGUCACGAGGAAGCAGAUGAUAGCUGGAUAAUUGGUUACGACAGCGCCCUGGCAGCCUUCCGAGCAAUCAAAGUCAAUGCCGUUAAUACCGGCGGUGUAUACUUUGCUAGCCCAUUCUUGGCCGAUGAAUUGCGAGAAACACUGCCCAUGAUGCUCCCGUCUACAGAUACUGCCGGAGAACUCGUUGCUUUAGGAUUUCAAGACUCUGAGGUAUGGGUGUAUGGAAUUCCUGCGAGUCUUGACGUGACUCCGCCGAUUCCUGAGGGACAAGAUGCCAAUGACUCUCAUUUCUGUGGGAAUCAUCAUAGUGAGGGACAGUUGGUGCCUCGCGAUAAUCGGGCUCAGCUAGAGAAGGUCAUUCAGCAGCCCAAGAAAGCUCUGAUUCGUGGCCGGCGGAUCACUGAUAUGAAUGGAAUCACAUCCGCUCGCUGGGUACGAAGUACUGCUUCAAGCCAACCAAGACGUCGACUCGUCACUGUGGCGCCUGGUGGUGUGCGCCCACAAGUACUGGGUGAAGAAGAUAUCCCUGUGGACGGCGGAAGGAUCCUCGUUUUGGAUUUUGAAAGAUCAACUACGAACGGCGAGGAGACCGAGUUAGACAUUGAAGUAGGAGAGGCCGUGCCCAUGACGCUCAUGGAGCCGGACUCUUCAUUAGACACUGAAGUCGAGUUGGAAAGGCGACGCACCCGCUUGCAGCGUGGAGAUACUGAUCCGACGUCCCUGACGGGCCUUGUCCACCGGCCAUCACGGGCACCCACUCGAGAAACUCGUCGCACUGCAAGUCAGCAUGGACUCUCACUUCUUCGUCGAAAUAGUCUAUCUCUUGCAACGUCUCCAGAGGGGCCGGCUCGGGGCGAGGUGGUCGAAAUCCCAUAUGAUAAUACACUACCUCGUUCCCAGGACACCCUUCACCGGGCUGCUACAGCCGCGGCAUCUACACGAGGACGUUAUGAUCCACGAUAUCGGGAUACUUCUGGUCGUCGUCAAAUUCCACAUGAGAGCGACGCAGAUAACUGGAUGCCACCGCCACCGCCUUACACUCGCGAUGCCGACCAACCUCUGCCCGAAGAUCUGCAGAAUACACUUCUUCCGAGCAGGUCUGCAAAUGCUCAGAAUCACGCGAAUGGAACCGCUCAACCAGUCCAGCGAGCACAAACGGCUCGCGUGGCGAGGCCAACCCCAUCAGAUCGUCCUCGUCCGCAAUCUGCUUUCCUCCAAAGACUCGGUUCAAUUACGACCAAUAGACGCUCUGGCAGGGGUAGAAGAGACUCCUCCACCGCUGCUGGAGAAGCCCCUGGCUUGGAGCGAGCCCAUCCAGAUAUACCGCAAGUACCUCACAUACCACAUCGACAUCUCACCAACCACGAUCUCACCAACCACGACAUAACAGCCCAGAAUAAUCAUGCCUGGCCCGCUCGGUCCGAUAUAAGAAACGCAACCAUGCCCAAUCUCCCGGUCGCUACCAACCACCUCCGCUCUCUUCAACCCCUCCCAACUUUAACCCUCCACCCAGCCGAACAACCCACCCGGCAAAGCCAAGCCACUCUGGGAGCAACCCUACUAGGCGAAGACUACCUCUCUUACUCCGUGUCUUCCCCCAAUUUGCUGCAUAUACCCCAACCGUCGGGCAAUGCCUUGGAUCUGACAGAGGAAGAUGAAGAGGCGCAGAUCCCUGCAAGACAGAGAUCAUUCCGCCGGCGGGUAUCGACGGAGCCUAAUAGCUUGCCGCCACCUGCGAAUGAGGAGUGGCGGAGGCGUAUUGAGGAUUGGAACGAACAUACUAUCCGGGAACGGAGCCGGAAGCGUCGAAAUAAGUGUAUUGUCAUGUAG